GACAGCGAACGCAGAAGCCCCCCCCCUGGAGAGAGAGAACGCCCUCCCCCCGCUAGCCCCCACACAGAGCACCAUGACCACCAACUACACGACGUGGAAGAUCGAUGAGGAGGUGAAGAUCCGCGUGACGGAGUCGGGCGCCGGCGCGCGCCCCGCCAUCACGGCCCCGCAGGCCUUCCAGAACACGCUGGCCAAGUACGGCUCGGCCAACGCGCUGCACUUCAAGAAGGACGGCGAGUGGACGUCGUACUCGUUCCAGACGUACUACGACAAGUGCUGCCAGUUCGCCAAGUCGCUGCUGCACGUCGGCCUCGAGCGCUACCAGGGCGUGAGCAUCAUCGGCUUCAACUCGCCCGAGUGGGCCAUCGCCGACGUCGGCGCCAUCUUUGCCGGCGGUGUGGCUGCGGGUAUUUACACGACCAACAACCCCAAGGCCUGCGAGUUCAUCGCCAAGCACUCGGACUCCGGCGUCGUCGUCUGCGACGGCAUGAAGCAGCUGGAGAAGUUCCUGGCCAUCGAGAAGAACCUCCCCAAGCUCAAGGCCCUCGUGGUCUGGAACGACGUCGUCCCGGAGGGCAUCCAGAGCAACGUGCCCGUGUACUCGUUCGAGGACUUCAUGGAGCUCGGCAAGGACGUCAAGGACGAGACGCUCAAGGAGAUCAUGGACUCGCAGAAGCCGGGCAACUGCUGCACGCUUAUCUACACGUCCGGCACGACCGGCGACCCGAAGGCCGUCAUGAUCUCGCACGACAACGUGGUGUGGACGAUCAUGAGCGUGAUUGGCAUGAUCAAGCGCAACUUCAACCACCAGAUGCACAACGGCGACCGCCUUGUUAGCUACCUGCCGAUGUCGCACGUUGCCGCUCAGCUGAUUGACAUAUGGCUGCCCAUUUGCGGCGGUCUGCAGAUCUACUUCGCCCAGCCGGACGCCCUCAAGGGUUCUCUGGGUGUGACGCUCAAGGAGACGCGCCCCACGUUCUUCUUCGGUGUGCCCCGCGUGUGGGAGAAGAUCGCCGAGAAGAUGUGGUCGAUCUCGGCCCAGACCACGGGCAUCAAGAAGCGCAUUGCGACCUGGGCGAAGGACAAGGCCGCGCAGAAGACGGAGCUGGCGCAGUACGGCAACUCCGGUGGUGCCCCGUGCGGUUUCGGUGUCGCCAACGCGGUUGUGCUCAUGCGUGUGAAGGAGGCGCUUGGCCUGGACCAGUGCAUUGCCAGCUUCAGCGGCGCUGCCCCCAUCAGUCGCGAGGUUGUGGAGUACUUCGGCUCUCUGGACCUACCCGUGUACGAGUUCUUCGGUCAGAGUGAGGCGUGCGGCCCGCAGACGUGCAGCAUGCAGGGCAACUGGAAGAUCAGCACGUGCGGCCGUACGAUUGACGGCUCGGAGACCAAGGUGGUGCCCGGCACGGAGGAGCUUAUCUUCGGUGGCCGUAACAUUAUGAUGGGCUACUUGAAGGGCGAGCAGCAGACCAAGGAUACGAUUGACGAGGACGGCUGGCUGCACUCGGGUGACUGCGGUAAGAUCGACGAGGACGGUUUCAUGACGAUCACGGGCCGUAUCAAGGAGCUGAUUAUCACUGCCGGUGGCGAGAACGUGCCGCCUGUCAUCAUUGAGGACACCAUCAAGGAGGAGCUGCCCCUGCUGUCGAACGUCGUGGUUAUUGGCGACCGCCGCAAGUUCCUGACGGCGCUGUUCACGCUGCGCGUGAAGGUUGACAAGGAGGGCCACCCCACGGACGCCCUCGACGAGAAGGCGCUCAGCGUUCUGAAGGAGAUCGGCAGCUCGGCCACGACGGUUGCGGAGGCCCGCGCUGAUGAGAAGGUGAAGGCGUACCUGGACGGCGGUCUGAAGCGUGCCAACGGCCGCGCUACGUCGCGUGCGCAGAACAUUGGCAAGUACACUGUGCUGGACCACGACUUCUCCAUCAACGGCAACGAGCUGACCCCUACGCUCAAGCUGAAGCGCAAGGUUGUGUACGAGAAGUACGAGUCGGUGAUCGAGGGCAUGUACGCGUAAAUGCUGUCCCCAUCUAUGCCAUAGAGUAUGGCCACUUCCCGAGUUGAUACGUGAGCGAGCAAGAGCGUGUCCGUGUCUUCCAGGACAUUGCGUUGCGCCAGUACCAUCGCGCGUUUAAGAAUCUACGCGAGGAUUGUCGAGACCACCGACGAUGUACACGCGUGCGCGCGUGCGGGUCGUGUUGCGGCACCCUGCGACGGUUGUGCCGCGUCUUAGCUGCAUGUGGACUUCAUUUUUCUAGGUAGCUCGCUUGUGCUCGCGACUAAGUAAAGGGAGUAUAAGCAAAACUUCGUGCACGUCUUGUUACGGUACGCCAAUGCAGCAGCAGCCAGCGGGGUGAUGCCUCCCCUCGGGAGAAGGAGCCUAUGCGCGCUUGCUCUUCUGACGCAGCCUGAGCUGCUGCUCCUGCAGUUCGUUGUUCCUCUGGAUGGCCUCGUAAAUGGCAACCAGCACGAUUACCACCGCCAUCAUCAGCACGUGCGAAACAUUGAACUUGAAUGACGACGCCUUGCCUGCAGGUGGCAGAUAACAAAGCCCGUCAGCUUCUAAACCCUCUAGCAUAUCAAUAGCUUCUUCUGUCGUACCCAGCACUUGCUCCAGAGCGUAGCGCAGCUUGUCGGCGUCUACAGAGCGGGGAAGCAGCACAACAAACAGUCAGCAAUUGGAUAGUACAUGUAAGCUUGGCAGAGUCUGCUGCUGUAAGCUCACAAGGCUUGAGCGACUGCACAGCGGGGAUCGUCAUGUAGCCCUUGAGGUCUGCGGAUUCGACACGACGUUAGAUAGAGAGAAGCACGAUAAGCACGAGAUACGCGGCCGACGCACUCAUGGUGAGGAAGCGGAAGACGUUCUGGAAGUUGAAGAGCGUCAGCCCCGACACCAGCAGCAGCACAGGCGGCAGCAGCAGCAGCUGGAGAGCGCUCAGGUUCAGGAUCAUCUUGGCUUCUUCGGUCGAUUUUCAAGUAAAAAAAAAAGCGAGGUAGUCCUCGACGGAGUGACCAUUCACCCCACCAUAAUGACAUUGAUUGCCAGAGUGAUUGUCACUUCAACUUCCGCAUUCCUUCGGCGACCAGCGUCCUCGUCCGCGAUGCAGCCGCCGAAUCGCUCCCUGCAGACGCUCCCAGCCGACUUGCAGCUUGUCAGCUCGCUCCUCAACUAUAAUAUCUCGCGGCUCAUGCUGAACGUGGAGCAGCUGAACGCCAAGCUCCCGCGUAUCGCUCGAGGCUUGCAGUUCCUGCGCGAGGACACGACCAACCACCCAGAUGACGACGAGCGACGCCGACGCAACUGCCGGGCGAGCGAGCUGCUUCACGCCCAGAUCACCGAGACGGAGGCGGGGAUCGCCCAAGCACACGAAGAUUGCUGCCGAUUAGAGGCCCUGGUUGAUGUCUACCAAGUGUUGGUGACGCACACUUAAGACCUAGCACAGUGACCACGUGCCUCCGCCCGAUAAUGUUGAGGCAUAGGUGUUUAAUUUAACGAGCCGAAGACGGAUCCACCGUCCUCUUUGGCGUCACAAGUCACCGUUGGCCCAUUCAAAUACCUGGUCUGUUUUGUUGCGUGCUGCAGUCGAAUGGUGAAGCAAUGGCUACAUCCGUUUUGUGGGCCGGUAGUCUCUCAGACCCAGGUUUGACUUGCUGUUUACACGCUUGUUUCUCGACUUUUGCAUCUGCGUCCUCAGCUUAUCACCUCCACCUUUGCAGACUCGAAGGCAAAAGACGCCCUUGACACAGCUCAAGAUAUAUAAGUACGAUUCCAGCCUCCUCAUCUCUUUCAUCCGAUAACAUCACCUCAACUUCUGCCCAGUCCAUCCAUGUGAUGCUCCAACGACGCGCGAUACACCUCCAUCGGCAGCCACGGCAAGGGCUCUCUUCCGUCUCGGCAUGGAGCUCAUCUGAAUCAAUGCAGCAUCAAUCUAGAAUCUGUAAGUCUCCAGCUGGGAUCUGGAUCAGCAUCUAGCAUCUGUAUCUUUCCAGCUCGAGCUGUGGUCCACCCCGUGUCCCAUACAAACGCCCAUACAAAAUCGCGCGCGAAACCCACCGCGGAGCUCCAAAUAGCAAAUUACCGUCAAGAGGCAGAGCUCAGCUUAGCGGAGAUCGUCGCGCCCUCUCCUCCCCAGGCCCAUGCAGACCCCGCAGCGCGACCGCGGCACGGGCGGCGGAGGCGACGGCUUCGGCGGUGGCGACGGCGGGCCGCUGCACCUGACGCCCGCGCCCUCGCGCGACAACUCGACGCUGCUGCGCGAGCAGGAGGCGGAGCGCGAGCGGCUGCGCAUGGACAAUUUCAACCAGGCGCUGCGCAUCAACUUCCUGGAGGAGCGGCUGCUGCGCAUGAAGCAGGGCACGGACUUCUGCAGCGAGGACCUGGAGAGCGAGCUGGCGCAGCUGCGCAUCACGCUGGAGGAGCGCGACCACGAGCUGCGCCAGCGCAACUUCAGCAUGAUCCGCGCCACGGAGGCCAUCGACAUGCUCAACGCGCAGCUGCACGAGGCGCAGGCGGUGGCCGCGCGCGCGCGUGAGGAGGCUCAGCGAGAGGCGGAGGCGCAGCUGCACCAGCACCUCGAGGAGCGCGGCGGCGUGGACGCCGAGACGGCCGAGCGCUGGCGCCUCGAGCUCGAGGCAGCGGUCAGCAGCGAGCAGCAGAGCCAGCAGAGGCUGCAGGAGCUGGAGCAGGAGCUGCAAAAGCAGCGCGAGGCUGUGACCACGCUCACCACGCAACUGCAGGACGUGCAGGACGCCCGCGCCAGAGACCAGCGAGACGUGGAGC